AAGAUCAUUAGCAAUGAGUGAUACAUCUCUAUAUAUAGAGGCAAAGAAGACGGAGAAGAAAAAAGAAAGGUAACUUUACGAAGCAAAGUCUUCUUCUCUUUUGCUAGCCAGAAAGUGAUCAUGGAUUCCUUAGCAACUCUGAGUAACAGUUCCCAACUUGUCAGUAAAGAGAGUGACACCACAUUUCCGGCCACAAAAUACCCAUCCUCUCGCCGGACUCCGUCAUCUUCCUCCUCCUCAUCAUCACGACCUUCACCAUCUUCUUCUUCCUUUGCUUCUUCUUACUUUCUUGAUGAUUCCCCGCUCAACCCAGCCACUCCCCUAAGAUAUUCCGGCGUCCCAUUUUCUUGGGAAAAACUACCAGGAAUUCCCAAGAAACAAGUCUCCAUGAAAAGGGGACCCUCGUUCAAGCUUCUGCCAUUGCCACCACCGACCAAUUCAACCUCAAAGAGAUUCAGCUCCGAAGAUGUUGGGGAUCGGAAGAAGAAUUCUAAUAGACAGAUUUUCCAAAGGGAUCCAUUCUUUGCUGCAAUGGUGGAGUGCUCCAAGGAUAUUGAUGAUAAAGAAUCAUCAAACAGUAGCAGCAUUUGGAAUGCAGCUAAUAAGGUAUCUAGGAGCUUGAGUGAUCGUUUUGGGAUUGUCAAUCUUUAUGCUUCUUGCAAGAGAACUUGCGCAGUAUCAAAGUCAAUAGUCUAUCUUCCAAGAUCAAGCAGAAACUCCUACGAUCUGAUUCAUCCCCGUUCCCGAUGAACUUGUUUCCCUUCCAGUCAAUAAUCUUUUUUUUCCUGCUCUUUUAUUUUUUAAAUGGUAUGUGAGGACAAGUGGACAACUGUGUCAAGACUUUCAUAAGCCAUUGUAAAAUGUUAAUAUAAGUAGGAAGCAUGCAGUGUUUAUCUGCAUUAUUUAGUAAGAGUCUAAGAGAGUUACAGUGUUUUAUCUUAUUGUUUCUGUGUUUGUGAUGUCGAGAUCUUUAUAGUAUAUACGAUAUUUGCUGUUUUUUCA